CCGCGCGCUCCGACCGCGGGCGGCCAGCGGGGCGGGCGGGCGCGCCGGCUGUAUCCCCAUCCUCUCGGGCGCGCACGAGCGGCUCGGGCGGAGCGGCAGGCCGGCCAUGGCCACCACCAGCACCGCCAGCACCACCAGCACCACGGGCUCCACCCUGCUGCAGCCCCUCAGCAACGCCGUUCGGCUGCCCAUCGACCAGGUCAACUUUGUAGUGUGCCAACUCUUUGCCUUGCUAGCAGCCAUUUGGUUUCGAACUUACCUACAUUCAAGCAAAACUAGCUCUUUUAUAAGACAUGUCGUUGCUACCCUUUUGGGCCUUUAUCUUGCACUUUUUUGCUUUGGAUGGUAUGCCUUACAUUUUCUUGUACAAAGUGGAAUUUCCUACUGUAUCAUGGUCAUAAUAGGAGUGGAGAACAUGCACAAAUAUUGUUUCGUGUUUGCUUUGGGAUACCUCACAGUAUGCCAAAUCACUAGAGUCUAUAUCUUUGAUUAUGGACAAUAUUCUGCUGAUUUUUCAGGCCCAAUGAUGAUAAUUACCCAGAAGAUCACUAGUUUGGCUUAUGAAAUUCAUGAUGGGAUGUUUCGGAAGGAUGAAGAGCUGACUCCGUCACAGAGGGGGUUAGCGGUCAGGCGCAUGCCCAGUCUUUUGGAGUAUUUAAGUUACAACUGUAACUUCAUGGGUAUCCUGGCAGGCCCACUCUGCUCUUACAAAGACUACAUCACUUUCAUCGAAGGCAGAUCAUACCAUAUGACGCAGUCAGGUGAAAAUGGGAAAGAAGAGAUACAGUACGAAAGGACAGAGCCAUCACCAAAUGUCGCAGUUAUUCAGAAACUCUUAGUCUGUGGACUUUCCUUACUGUUCCACUUGACCAUCUCUAAGAUGUUACCCGUGGAGUACAACAUUGAUGAACAUUUUCAGGCCACAGCUUCAUGGCCGACAAAGGUGAUCUAUCUCUACGUCUCUCUUUUGGCUGCCAGACCCAAGUACUAUUUUGCAUGGACGUUAGCCGACGCCAUCAACAAUGCAGCGGGCUUUGGAUUCAGAGGUUAUGACAAAAAUGGAGCCGCCCAUUGGGACCUAAUUUCCAAUCUGAGGAUCAAGCAAAUAGAGAUGUCAACAAGUUUCAAGAUGUUUCUCGAUAAUUGGAAUAUUCAGACAGCUCUUUGGCUCAAAAGGGUGUGUUACGAGCGUGCCUCCUUGAGUCCCACCACCCAGACCUUCUUCCUCUCUGCCAUCUGGCAUGGGGUGUACCCGGGCUAUUACCUGACCUUUCUCACCGGAGUGCUGAUGACGCUGGUGGCCCGAGCUGUGAGAAAUAACUUUAGACAUUAUUUCAUCGAACCUCCCCAGCUGAAAUUUUUGUACGAUGUUAUAACAUGGAUAGCAACUCAGAUAGCAAUAAGUUACACAGUUGUGCCAUUUGUCCUUCUUUCUGUAAAACCUUCACUCAUGUUUUACAGCUCCUGGUAUUACAGCCUUCACUUUGCUGGUAUCUUAGUAUUAUUGUUGUUGCCAGCGAAAAAAAAACAAAAAGGAAAGAGUACACAUGAAAACGUUCAGCUGUCACAAUCCAAAAAGUUUGAUGAAAGAGAAAAUUCUUUGGGACAGAAUAGUUUUUUCACAACAAACAAUGUUUGCAAUCAGAAUCAAGAAAUAGCUUCUAGACAUUCAUCAUUAAAGCAAUGAUGAGGAAAGCA